AUGGCUUCUAAGCCGGAAAGCAAAUCAGAUGCCGAAGCCCUUGUCCCUCAAUUCCAACUCGAGAAAGUGCUAAAUCAAGACCAGAAUGGCCGGCGUAUAUCCCUUCUCGGGACUAUCGCUGCUCAACCUGCACUCAUCAUCUUAGAGCGGGCGGCCUUCCCUACGGAGCCAACUUUGAUCUCAAGCCUUCUGGCCUCGCUCACCGGCACCAAAAACCUAGGUGCCAACGAUAUCUACAGGUGGUACAUGGCCAACCGGUCGAUCACGACAACGACAGGGUCCUCAACACACGAGGCCUCGACCUCGGAUUCACAAUUGUCGGAUCUGAAACUGAAUUUGAUCUACCCAUGCACGCCGCAACACGUCCGAAAAUACUCAGCGCAGCGCGUGCGCAUGGUGACCGAGACCUCAGAAAUUUACGCCACGCAUAUCAAGCCGUAUGUAGCGCGCCAGCGAGCCGCCGGCCGCCUGGAAUGGGUGUUUAACAUCCUAGAAGGCCGCACGGAACAAGAAGAUGUCAUUGCGCGGUACGACUGGGACUCACCAUCCGAAUCAGGGUUUCUUCUCCUCCCUGAUCUCAACUGGGACCGCAAGUCGGUCGAAGGCAUGCAUCUUCUCGCAUUGGUGCAACGGCGCAACAUUUGGUCAUUGCGAGACCUCAAGAAAAAGCACAUUCCGUGGCUCAAGAGUGUGCGUGACCAAGUCGUCCUGGCAGCGACUAAGGUCUUCGAGCCCGGGCAGGUCGAGCCCGAUGAAAUCAAAUGCUACAUUCAUUAUCAGCCGACUUAUUAUCAUUUCCAUAUACACGCUGUGCACGUCAUGCUUGAAGCUGGUACGACGCAGAGUGUAGGCAAAGCCUUUGGUCUGGGUAAUAUCAUAUCGCAGCUCGAGACAAUGCACGGGGAUGAAGAGGCAGGGAUGGACACAGUCGAUCUGUCGUACUUCCUAGGCGAAGAACACGAGUUGUGGAAAGGAUGCUUUGGACGGCUGAAGAAUAAUGAGCCGAUUAAGCUGAGAUAG